UCCAAUAUCAAAGAAUAAAUAAAAAAUCGAUCAUUUCCCCUUCUACCUAAUCAAUUAAAAAAAUGUUUGCAAAGAUCUACUAAGGUUAUUUAUUUGGGCAAUGAGAAUUUGUUCAAGCAAAAGAUGCCGAAGGCCUUCUUCUAUCACUACUGAAAGGAAAAGUGGUUGAACCAUAACAACCUGUAACAGGAGCAGCUUAUCCCCUUUCUCCUAAUCCACACACUCUCUCCUACAUAUAGCUAAUGCCGCUUCCAAUGGAAACACAUUCAUUGAAAAGCUACUGACCACCAUAACUGAACGAUGGGAUAUGAAAACUUCAUCUCAAGUUCUCAUCAACGACGCUAUGGAAGCCAACCAAUUUCAGUUCCAUUCCUUUGGGAACAGAAGCCAGGCAUGCCAAAGACAGAUUGGAAUGCAAAGCCAAUCCCUUUCUUUGCAACAAAAUUUUCUAAAGCAAAGCCAGUAUCUUCAAGUGAAACAGCCAUUAUACCACUCAGCCUUGUUAUCUCAGUUCCUUUCCAGUGGGAGGAGAAGCCUGGGAAGCCAUUACUAAUGGAUAAGAACCCUGGCUCUGCCGUUCUUCCAGCACCAUUUCCCUCCUGCAAUCCCUUCAUUAAUGAGGCCGAAAAUGUCUUCGAUGGUUUUGCUUUUCAUGGAAGUUCGAAUGAGAGUGACUCCAACCAAACCGAGAGCUGGUACUCUGUUUCUGGAAGAGAUUGUCAAAGUGACUCGAGAAGCUCAGCAAUGGAUAACGGUGAGAUAAAGAUAACUCCUUCCUGGAUUUCCUUUGCCUACAACAUAUUUCUAAAGCAAGUUUUCUGUGGAUUCUAUGAGCGUAAUUCUGCUAAUCGUUCGGUUUUAGCAGAAUUGGAAGUGAAGAGCUGUAACACAAACCGCAGUCACCUGGUGAAGAGAACAUUGACUCUUGGGGAGCUCAUUCUGCUGAGCCGCAGGCUGAGCUGCCCAAAAAAUGCUGUAUAUGUCGGAGAACAAAGAUUAUUCUCAAUGGUGAAGCCUGCCUUGCACGAAAUUUUCUUUUCACCCAAUUAAAACACAGCUACCAUCAGGACAAAUUAUUAGGUGCGGACAUCGGACAGAAAGAAUCGUCCGAUUUUCUCUCUGUCUGCAAUCAAA